AUGACUGAUUCCGGUCGUCUCCAAGUUGCCAUCAUUGGCGGUGGCAUAGCUGGCCUCGCGGCGGCGCGUAUUCUUCGUGAGCGUCACGAUGUUACCAUCUACGAGCGCAACGCGCCCGAGACCCCUGAAGCUGGCGCAGCGGUUGGGCUCGGACCUAAUGGGACGAAGAUGGCGAAAGCUCUGGGUCUAAGUCGUGAAAGCCUCAAGGCUGUGAUCUCAAGUGGCUUCAGGACGUUCGAUCAGUCCGGGAACCUGCUGAAAGAGUCCAGAAUCGAUUGUGCCAAGGCGUUUGGUUCCGAAUGGUGGAUGGUUCAUCGACAAGACCUCAAGGACGCCUUAUUUGAAGCAGCGACAAGUGACGGCCCCAAGUGGACAGGGAACCCGGCCAAAGUUGACUUCAACUCGCGAGUUGACGGAGUUGACCCAAUGACAGGCUUGAUCACAUUUCGUGACGGCUUGACAGUGAAGGCAGAUCUGAUCAUCGGCGCGGACGGCAUACACUCAAAUGUUCGCCCUUCCAUCGUUGGUCUAGAUCAUCCUCAGCCGGUUCCAGCAAAUCUAUCGCUCUACAGAUUCACUGUCCCGCUCUCUGAGAUGGAGAAGACUUUGGGAACUCUUCCAUCCUGCCUGGACUACAAAGACGGCGUGUUUCUUUCAUCAUUUAUUGCAGCAGAUGGCUCAAACAGAAACGUCGUCAUCUAUCCCUGCCGCAACCAGGAGCUGAUCAACUUCGCCUGCGCUGUGCCCGACUCCGCUCUGCGCCAGGGAACGGAAGAUUCAUGGACGAAAGAUGGCGACAUCGAGGAAAUGGCGGGUCACUUUCAUGACUUCCCAUCAUGGCUCCACGAUAUCAUGCGCAAAGUGCCCAGUGUCAAGUUGUACCAGCUUCGAGAUGCUGAUCCAUUUCCUACUUACACCAAAGGUGUGGCUGCCAUCAUUGGAGAUGCUGCUCACCCAACGGUUCCCUACCAAGGUCAAGGCGCAAAUCAAGCUUUAGAAGAUGCAGAAGGACUCAAGCUUCUCCUUCGUCCAGACGUCACGUCAGAGAAUCUGAGCAGUCUCUUGAGCGAAUGGGAUCGGAAAAGACGUCCCAGAGCUUCCCAGAUCCAGCUCAACUCCCGAAUCGCGGCGGCAAAGGUCUCACCUGAAGUUAUCAUGCAGAGAAUGAAGUUCAACUGGACUUACGAUGGCAUAGACAGCUGCACAGAGUAG